UCUCUAGUCUCUGCAAUUAUCUAUCCCCCUUUUUCGUGAACUCCCAGCCCUCUCUCACACAAAACCAUCUUCCCCGCGAUCACUACCCCCACCAUGUCUUCGAAAACCUGGAACGUCGGAAUUGUGGGUUAUGGCCUCAGUGCCAAGGUCUUCCACAUUCCCUUCAUCAAGGAGGUCCCUCAAUUCAAGAUCUACGCCAUUGUGCAGCGCAACCCCAAGCCAGAUGACGAUGCGGAGAAGGACUUCACCGGCAUCAAGUCCUACCGGAGCGCCGAAGAGAUGGUCAAGGACGAGGGCGUCGACCUUGUUGUCAUCACCACUGUUCCUGAGUCGCACUAUGACUUGACCAAGCUGGCGCUUGAGCAUGGAAAGCACGUCCUUGUCGAGAAGCCUUUUACCCCCACCGCCAAGGAGGCGCAAGAACUCGUUGCCCUCGCCAACAAGCAGAACAAGCACCUCGCCGUAUACCAAAACCGUCGCUAUGACGCCGACUUCCAGACCGUAUCCAAGUUGGUGAAGAACGGCUCCCUGGGCCGCGUCGUCGAAUUCGAGACUCACUUCGAUCGCCACCGCCCCGAAGAACCUGCCGCAGACGUCUCGAAAUGGAAGAACAAGGUUGUCCCCGGAGGUAGCGCCAUCUACGACCUGGGCUCCCACCUCUUGGACCAGGCUGUUUACCUCUUCGGCAAGCCGGAGCGGGUGACGGGCUUCCUGGGCUCCCAGCGCGAGGUCAACACUUCCGGAUACGAGGACUCCUUCACCGUCCUGCUUCACUACAAGAACGGUCUUCUGGCCACGGUCAAGGCUGCUGUUGUCAGCCCCGAAGUCGAGCAGCUCCGCUUCUGGGUCCGCGGAGACAAGGGUAGCUUCAGAAAGUUCCAUCUCGACAUCCAGGAAGAGCACAUCAAGGCUGGGUUGAGCGCCGGCGACAACGGAUACGGCCGCGAGCCCAGUGAGAGAUAUGGCACCCUUACCACCAUCCAGGAUGGCAAGCCGGUCAGAGAGGUCUUCCCCACGGUUGAACCCCCAACCUGGACUGAGUAUUACCGAAAGCUGGCACGGGCGCUUGCGGGUGAGUCCGAACUCCCGGCCAGCGGAGCGGAGGCUAGCGAGAUCAUCCGUUUGAUUGAGUUGGCCCAGGAGAGUUCCAAGCAGGGCAAGACCUUGGACUUCUAAAGGGUGAGCAGUGUAAAUAUGUAGAUAGAGACUUAUGAAGCUAAUGAUAGGAUGAGAAUCAUACUUGGUG